AUGGAUAAUUUGGAUUCUCCUCCGCGCAUCCACGGCGAGCAUCGCAGCAACCGCCGAUUUCGCGAUUCUUGUAGAGCUCGUAGACAAUUGCGCGACUGUCCAGAAUCUACACGUAGACGGCUGAACCAACUCUUUUCUGCCUUGAACGUGGACACUGUCGAGCAGGAACUGGCAUCCGAUGCCAACGUGGACGGCCAUCUUUCCCAGGAACAGAGCUUGACUUUCCUUGGUAACGACGAGUUCUGGGAAGUGGCAAGGCGCAACAAUAUUGCUCGUCAGAAGGAGAUCGAUGAUGCAGCUGCCGCGGCUGGUACUGGGACCAAUGCGACUACCACCCCAUCUGCUUCAACUUCCACCGGGGCUGUUACUGAGACCCAAACAAAACCCACUGUCUCACCGGCGGAGAACAGCACGGGCAGCCCUCUUGGACAAGACCAGCGCUUGACCGCCCAAGACGAGAUCAAGUCUAUCAUUAUGGCAAGGCGUGAUGCUACGACUCAUAUGAACAGCGACACGGACAAUACGCCUUCUGCCUCAACUGCUGCCUCAACUAAUGCUGCGGCUGGUACCUCAAUCCAACUCAAGCGCAAAGCAUCGGAAGAGCUUGAGCGAACAGAGUACAGCCCAGGACUAAUUUCUUCGUUAAACUGGUUUUUGAAGAACAAGGAAAGCAUAGGGAAUACUGAUGUCCCUGGUGAAGUGUAG